UAGACCGGAAGUAAACAAACACAUGUUGAAGAUGAGCACCGAGCAGCAGAACCGAACCUCAGACAGAACCAGGGGAGAAAACCCGGAUAUUUUACGGGAUUUUCAGACGCCUUUCUUCGCUAUGAGUCGUCUGGCCUCUUUUCCCUGGACGUUUGUUGAAAAAGACCUUGAAUGCAACAAAUCCUCAGAAGUAAUUUCAGAAAUAUUGAAACAGACGUGUUUUCAUCCUCUGUGCAGGAAGUUUCCUCCGUCGGUUAAAUACAGGAGGUUGUUCAUCUCAGAGCUCAUCAGACGGCUGGAGGCGGCAGACUGUGAUCCUCUGGAUGAGCUGUACGAUGCUCUGGCUGAGGUUUUAGGAGCUGAGGAGGACACAGAGUGUUACAAAACCUACUUACUGCCGUGUGGUGCAGCUGUCAGCCUGUCGGAGAGCGUGGCUCUGAUCUCAGGGGGAACCACCGGUCUGGUCACAUGGGAGGCCGCCCUCCACCUGACAGAGUGGGCUCUGGACCACCAGCAGACCUUCAGGGGCCGGACUGUUCUGGAGCUGGGCAGCGGUGUGGGUUUGACCGGCAUCGCCAUCUGUCGAUCCUGUCAACCGUCCACGUACGUGUUCAGUGACUGUCACCCCACCGUCCUGCAGAAGCUCAGAGACAACGUGGAUCUGAACGGACUGGACGAGCAGACGGUCCGAGUGGAGGAACUGGACUGGUCUACGGUGACGGACGAGCAGCUGAGGGCGUUCGGAGCAGAUACGGUCAUCGCUGCAGAUGUCGUCUAUGACCCGGACAUCGUGGUCAGUCUGGUGGAGCUGCUGUCCAGGGUCCUGAAGGGUUCGUCUCCUGACGUCCUGAUCUGCUCCACUGUUAGAAACCCAGACACCUACAGCAGCUUCAAACAGCAGCUGGAAAACGCAGGAAUCAGCCAUCAUGUGAUCACAGAUCCAGUCCGACAUGUGUUUCCUUACAACCGAGUCUCCGUUAUAGAAAUGAUCAAACUGUACAUAAAAUGACUAAACUGUAGAACAAUAAAGAUUUAUUUACAAAUGUA